UUUAUGUGAGCACAGCCUAGUUGAGAACAGUAGAAGCCACCUCGUCUCCCAGUGAAACCCUACACUCUCCCCAGUGAAGGUCCUCCUACUCCGUCCACACAUCCACAAGGUUGCUGAAGCUCACCUCACUUUGUAGCACCACCGUACACUGGACUGUCACGCUGGAUUAUAUCUAACCACCUCAUCUUGAUUUCCCGGAGCCUGAAGGAGGGGGGUGUUUUGGAUUAUUGCCAUCUGGUAAUGAUGCUGCUCAGGUGCUGAUUGAAGGUGUGAGACCUGGAGGUAGAGAUAGAAACCUCCAGUAACUGACCGGACAGGCUGGACAGCUUGAUGGUGGUAAUAAGCUAAACAAAACAGACCCAAACCGAGGCUGAGAUGGAAUUACGACUGGGAUUUAGGAUCAGCCUGGUCUUGGUCAUCCUGGCCUUGACUCUUUCCAAUGAGAGAGUGGACGCUCAGAGGGCAGGAUGUAAAAAUGUUCACUAUGACUUGGCGUUUAUCCUGGAUACCUCAUCCAGUGUGGGAAAGGAGAACUUUGAGAAGAUCAGGCAGUGGGUAGCCAACCUAGUGGAGUCUUUCGAUGUGGCGCCCGAUAAGACCAGAGUGGCCGUGGUUCGCUACAGUGACCGGCCCACCACCGAGUUCAACCUGGGGAGACACCGAACCCUGGAAGACGUGAAGAGAGCUGCCCGUAACAUACGCUACCUGGGGGGGAAUACAAUGACAGGGGAUGCUAUCAGCUACACCACCAACAACAUCUUCACAGAGCGCAACGGAGCGAGGCCUGCAGCCAGAGGCUUUCAGAAGGUGGCCAUCCUGCUCACAGAUGGCCGGAGCCAGGAUUAUGUUCUGGAGCCCUCCAAGGCAGCUGCCCGAGCCGGUAUCAGGAUGUUUGCUGUGGGAAUCGGAGAGGCGCUUAAGGUGGAGCUGGAGGAAAUCGCAGCUGAGCCAAAGAACGCCCAUGUCUUCCAUGUGACGGACUUUAACGCUAUCGACAAGAUCAGAGGCAGACUGAGGAGGAGGCUGUGUGAGAAUGUCCUGUGUCCAAACAUGAAGGUUCAACCUGAUCGCUUCAAGCCCAACAGUACCAGUUAUGGUCUUGAUGAGGUUCCAGGGUUUGACCUGAUGGAGUACUUCAACGUAAAAGAUAUUCUUGGAACCAGGGACGAUGAAGGCCAGAGCUCCUAUGUUCGCCUUGGUACCAUGCCCAUUGUACAGCAAACAGAAGAUGUGUUUCCUCAAGGCCUGCCAGACGAAUACGCCUUUGUGACGACUUUCAAAUUCAGAAAAACCUCAAGACGUGAAGACUGGUACCUGUGGCAAGUUUACGACAAAUAUGGAAUCCCACAGGUGUCUAUUCGACUGGAUGGUGAGAACAAAGCGGUGGAGUACAACGCCGUCGGACUGACAAAAGAUGCGGUCCGAGCUGUGUUCAAGAACCCAGAAGUUGACAACCUGUUUGAUCGCAGCUGGCACAAGAUAGCGCUCAGUGUGGAGGCCAAGUCUGUGUCUCUGUACCUGGACUGUAAACACAUCCAGACCCUGCCCAUUGAAGACCGCGAGGACAUCGAUAUCCAGGGAAAGACGGUUAUAGGAAAGAGACUCUAUGACAGUGUUCCAAUUGAUUUUGAUCUUCAGCGAAUGAUGAUUUACUGCGAUUCUAAACAUGCCGAGUUGGAAAGCUGCUGUGAUCUCCCUGAUGGACCUUGCCCUAGACAGGUUGUAACAGAGGCUCCCCCUUUGCCGAUCCCCACUCCCACACCCACCGCUGUGGAGCAGAGUAGGGGUCCCGCUGUCAACUGCUCAUGCCCGGCUGGAGAGAAGGGAGCUGGGGGUGUGCCAGGUAUUGAUGGCCUACCUGGAGACAAAGGAGACAAAGGUCAGGCCGGAUCGCCUGGUAGUCCAGGGGUGUCGGGAACUGCUGGACAAAAGGGAAUUCAAGGUGAUGCAGGAAUCCCUGGUUCUCCGGGACCGAGAGGCGUCAAUGGUGAAAAUGGUGCCAAAGGUGAAAAAGGAACCCCAGGAGCCCAGGGUCUGGCGGGUGUGGAUGGAUUACCUGGUCCCCCUGGUGCACCUGGGAAAGAAGGUUUGCAAGGACUGGUUGGUGCACCCGGGCCCAACGGAAUUAAAGGCGACAAGGGCGAGCAAGGCAUUCCUGGAUUACCUGGGGAUGUGGUUCGAAUGGAAGGUUUAAGAGGAGAUAAGGGGAAUGCUGGACUUCCUGGGCCUCCAGGGGCUGAUGGUCCCCCGGGGCCUCCUGGUCCUCCAGGAGCACAAGGCUUACCUGGAGAGCCUGGAGAGUUCGGCCAAAGGGGAAAGAAAGGUGAAAGUGGUUUGCCUGGAGUGGACGGCCUUCCUGGACCUCCUGGUCCUCAGGGUCCACCAGGUCCACCAGGUAUUCAAGGACACACUGGACCUCCUGGUCUUCCUGGUGAAAUUGGAUUUUCAGGCAAACCUGGAGAGUCUGGAAAGCCUGGACUUCCUGGUAAAGACGGCCUGGAUGGUCUUCCUGGAAAUGAUGGUGCCAUGGGACCCAGGGGAGAACGUGGAGCAGAUGGUUUUCCUGGAAAACCCGGACCCAAGGGUGAUGAGGGCCCUCCUGGACCCAGGGGACCUCCAGGGGAGAGAGGUGAAGCUGGUUCACCUGGUCAACCUGGUGUUAAUGGAGUGAGGGGAGACAGAGGUGUACCGGGUGAAAGAGGACAGGAAGGAUCGAUUGGGCCGAAAGGUGAAAAGGGCGACAAGGGUGAAGUGGGAGCCCGAGGACCCCCUGGAGCUCCAGGAAAUGUUGCAAGUGUCAUCCCUGAACCUGGUGAACCUGGGAAACCUGGAGAGAAAGGAGAGAAGGGCGAUCAAGGAAAACCAGGAGAAAUGGGUCAACGAGGGUUACCUGGAGAACAAGGUUUUAAAGGUCAACCUGGUCUACAGGGACCCAAAGGUGACACUGGACUGACAGGAGAGACGGGACGUGUUGGAGACCCUGGUCCACCUGGAGCAGCUGGUCCUCCAGGUCCUCGGGGUCUGCCAGGGAAUGUGGGCAUACCAGGCAUCAUGGGGCCCCCUGGUCCAGCUGGACAGAGAGGAGACAAGGGUGAAGCAGGUAAACCAGGACAAACAGGUCCCAUGGGCCCACCUGGAGAGCCCGGUUUAACUGGACCUUCUGGCCCACCUGGAAAAGGAAAAGAUGGACAAAGUGGAGAACCAGGACCACAGGGAAUUCAGGGACCCCCAGGCCCUAAGGGCCAACCGGGGCAACGUGGAGAACCAGGGAUACAAGGAGACAGGGGCCCCCCAGGAGAAGGCAAAAUGGGACUGCCGGGACCUCCUGGAAAUAAUGGAGAACCUGGAGCUGCGGGUUUAAGGGGUGCACCUGGAGUGGCCGGUCCCCAGGGCCCUGCAGGACACAAUGGUUUACCUGGAAGGCCCGGAGAGAAGGGAUCACCAGGAGAACCUGGAAAGGCAGCCGACCUUUCAGACCUCAACCUCAAGGACGUAUGUUCAGACUGCCCUGCAGGUCCACCUGGACCACCAGGUAUCCCAGGACUCCCAGGAGAUAAAGGCCACCAGGGACCUCCAGGAAAAAACGGCCAGGAUGGAUUCCAAGGUCCACCUGGACUAACUGGACCUCAAGGGCCUCCUGGAGCUGACGGCGGAAAGGGUGUAAAAGGUGAUCGUGGACCUGCUGGAACCCCUGGAGACAAAGGAGACAAGGGUCAUCCAGGCCCCCCUGGUCAUCCAGGUCCUCCUGGAUUAAUGGGAGGCGCUGGUAACGAUGGACAGCCUGGCCCUCCUGGUCCCCCAGGACCCCCUGGAGAAAAGGGCAAAGAGGGUCUCAAAGGAAUUCAGGGACCACCGGGUCUUCCUGGAUUGAUAGGUCAGCCUGGAAAAAUGGGAAAAGACGGCAGACCAGGAGAACAAGGAGACCCUGGCAAACAAGGAGAGCCUGGCCCCCCGGGACCACCUGGGCUCAGGGGAGUCCCUGGAUUUAAGGGCCACAGAGGAGAACCUGGAGCUCCAGGAUCUAAGGGUGAAGAUGGAAAGUCUGGAUCACCUGGGCGUGAUGGAAAACCUGGUAAAGAGGGCUCUAUAGGGCCGCCUGGUCCAGAAGGACUUAUUGGACCAAGAGGAGAAUCGGGUAAACCAGGUGAACCAGGACCAUCAGGAAAACCAGGUCUCCCUGGAUCCCCUGGUCUUAUGGGAAACAAGGGAGAGGCCGGCAGUCCAGGAUUACCAGGCUUUAGUGGACCCAAAGGCCCGGCAGGUCCACCCGGUCCAACUGGCCCAGAGGGUAAACAGGGCAUGCCAGGCAGAGUUGGAGAUCGUGGUAUUAAAGGAGAUAAGGGUGAUCCAGGUACAAAGGGAGAUAAAGGACAAUCAGGAGACCCCGGCAUGCCUGGAAACCCUGGACCCCCGGGCAGAAAGGGCCACACAGGAAUGAUGGGUAUGUCAGGACCUCAAGGAGAAAUUGGACCUCCUGGACCUCAAGGACCUUCUGGAAAUCCUGGUCUCCCAGGCCCAAGGGGAGAGUCUGUAUCACUGGAGCAGAUGCGACGGCUCAUCCAGGAAGAGCUGUCAAAACAAUUAGAUGCCAAACUGGCUUACAUCAUGGCUCAGAUCCAGCCAGCCCAUGUCAAGAGUACAGCAGGCCGUCCUGGACCUCCUGGCCCUCCAGGUAAGGACGGCAGCCCUGGAAGACACGGACCCCCCGGUGAGCCUGGUAUGCCCGGACAGAAUGGAGGCGAAGGACCCAGGGGACCCAUGGGCCCUAAAGGUGAAAAAGGAGCAAAGGGAGACAAAGGAGAACCUGGUGUUGGUGAAAGAGGAGAGCAGGGUCCUGUUGGUCCCAUAGGUCCUGCUGGAAUGCCAGGUUACGGUAAAGACGGUAGCCCAGGACAAGUGGGAGCCCAGGGAGAACCAGGAAACCCCGGUCCCCAUGGACAGCCUGGUCCUCCGGGGCCUCCGGGUCAAUGUGACCCCACUCAGUGUGCCUACUACGCCAGCCUGGCCCAAAGACCCCACACCAAGAAUGUCAAGGGGACUUAAAAACAACAACAAAAAAAAAAAACACAAGAGACACACAGAGCUUGAAGUCCAGCUGUAUUUAUGAACUUGGUCGCGUCAGUAUGAAUCAAGAACUUUUUCUUUUUCAAGAUAAACCUCAGUGUGGAGGGCUGAAGCAAUACAUGCUGCCGGUCAGAUUCUUUGUUUUCUUUUUUUAUGGAAGCUUGGGAUGGAUGGGGGACAUUUUUAAAUUUAAUAUGGGGUUAAGAGAGGGCAGCUAAACCUUUUUUUUCCUUACUUGCAUGCUUCCUGUAAAAUAUAUAGGGAGAUAAAAGGAUGAUGCAUUUCCGUGAAGAUCCAGGAGUCUGAUAUUGUAUCGUUUCAUCAGUAAUUAUCUCAAAAAUUCAGCCAGGGCCUCUCUUGCGGGAAUUUAUCAGCACCAAUUUUUUUUCUCAUCCUCACACCGUUUUGCAUCAAUUAUCCUUCACAGCCAACACUGUACUACAUUGUGGAAUGCAUUUAUCCGGGCAGUAUCAGUUCCUGCCAAUUCAAGUCAUCUGUCAUCGGCUUUCUCCUACCAAUCUAUUGGUAGCUAUUCAGCCAAGGGAAUUAUCAAUGCCAUUGAUAGGAUGGAGGACGACAGUUUGAGGAAUAGUUUAAAAUACCAAUAGUGGCUUUAUGUAGAAAGACUGUUAAUGAGUUUAAUGUGUAAAGUGACAAAAGAGAAAAGUUGUUCACUCCUGGCUCUGAAGCUGGAACCAGCAGGAAAAGCUUGAAUCUUGGCAAUUAGUUCCUAGUGUUGGUAUAGAUUUAAAGGUACAAUGUGUAACAGAUGAAGAAAUGUAUAGAAAUGUAAUUGAUAUUUUUAUUCCCAAUGUGUAAACUUACCUAAAAAUUCAACACUUCCCUUGAUUUUUCUCACUCGCCCCCAUUCAUCAUAAUAGUACACCGAUUAUGGCUGUAGAGGACUCUACGCUUUAGUUUUUGUGUGGUCCUUAAGUAUCUCAAUAGCUUUAUUUACAGUGGUCCCUCUUUAAUCGCGGGGGUUACGUUCUAAAAAUAACUCGCAAUAGGCGAAAUCCGUGAAGUAAUCAGCUUUAUUUUUUACAAUUAUAUAUGUUUUAAGGCUGUAAAACCCCUCACCAC